AUGAUCGACAGGUACACAAUAACCUUGAUAAGCUUGGUAUUGGGCCUAAUACACAUGGUUGUGGCUGUAAUAGCAACAUUAGCAUUAAUGAAAACGGCACGGAAUCUGCAUAUUAAUCAUAAGUAAGUUAAAAUUUAGUGUUUUUAGCUUAAAUUUUAAAAAAAUCAAUUUUUCUUUCCAAACAAAAUAUACAGAUUUCUUAAAAUAUUUUUUGAGGUUUUUCAAAGCAAAAAUUUAGCAAUUUUAAUGUUAUUUCUUUUUCAGACUACUAUUGUUUAACCUCCUAAUUGGUUGCUACAUGUCUGCUACAGGCACAGUAACGUCUAAUAUUAUACGAGUAAUCAUGUUAACCUACAACAACUUUGAAAUGCAAAAAGAAACCUUCUUCAAAGUCUUGAACAUGUUCGAAUCAAUUGGACCUAACAUUUUUAGGUAACAAAUUUUAAAAACUUUCAAUAUCUUAGCCAUUCCACGACCCUACCCUAGUACCCUACGCUAUCCUAACCUAUCAAAUCACUAAUUUAAGUAUUGUUAAAAAAAUUUCAAAAAUGAAAAUAUUUUUUUCAGGUUGACCUUCAUUGCCUUCACCAUAGAAAGAGCGAUUGCUACACGCAGAAGCUACAAUUACGAGUCGAGUUCAUCAAAGCUUGGUUAUAUUCUGGUACCUCUCAGUUUACUCUGUGCCUUUUCAUUGUCAUUUAGUUAUAAUUUAUGUAAGUUAAACAUGAAACAUGUGUAGAAGGAUGAGUCCGAUCCAAAUACAACAUGAUAUUGCAAUGUCAAAAAAAGCGCGGUUAAUUUGUGCCAUCCUUUUCAUAACGGCAUGGGUUUGGCCAAUUUUGGCGCUAAAAAUCGUUUUUGAGGUCACAUAAACCAGGAUAAUAUAAUUGAGCAACGACAAUGUAACUGAACAUAGAUAAUAUAAUCUUCAUAAAAUUUAAAAAAGUGUAAUAAAACUUUACCAUUACAAUCAUAAUACAUACUUGCCAAUCACACAUUUACUAAAAAACAGUAACCCUUCCAGUGAACGCAUCCCUAACCCUACUUUAUGCCAUCUACAUAUCAUUAGACACUUUAUCAUUGGCCGCAACCUUAAUAUUGAUAGCUCUGAAUCAGAAAUGGCAGUCCAUCGAAAACAUAUCAACCUUCUACAACCUAUCUAUGCGCUAUCAAAUAUUCGAAAACAUUCGAAUUUUACUUUUCUUGGUUCGUAUCAUCGCUAUUGGCUUUAGUAUAGCACUCGUAGCUACAGUAUCAUCGUUGACCAUUCGGAAAUUACAUUUUACACAUUAUACCUACUAUGCUAGGGUGGUUUAUUUUGGGGUAGGUGAAAAGACUUUAGUAUUUUACAUUUUCUCUUAUAAAAAUGUCAUAUUAUAUUUAAACUUUUGAGUUUUCCAGAAAAUGUUACCCAAAAUAAUAUAAACCUUCUUUUAGCUAUGGAACAUUUAUGGCCUGAUAGCUGGAGUUCUACUGACUUUCGAACUGCAUCCAGCAUUCUUUUUCUUUGGUCCAUUUAAAAAGAAACACAAAUAUGGUCUCAUGCAACAACAAGAUAUCACUAUGCUAUCAAACUCCGACCGGUACUUUAUAAGGCUUAACACUGGAUGGAGUAAAAAAGCUCAAACUAUGAAUCUACUGUAA